GUGAAAUACACUGCAGAAAGAUAAACAGUGGAAUGUUUUUUAUGACAACUAAAACCCCAUUUCGGAUCUGUUUGUAUAUACAGAGUAAUGUAGAAUUUAUGUAACUUCUGUGUGAGUUUAAAGUAAAGGGUUAGAAAAUAACACAUACUACAUAAACAGCCAAAAAUCUAAGAAUAGUGCAAUCAGAAUGAGGCACAGUGCUGGGUGGGGUGACUUCUUGUACUCGACAUAAUCCUGGCUCUAGCUACUAUGUGGUUUCCCUUCUGCACUUUUUAUUAAUUAUAAACAUUAGCUCAUUCUAGACCUGGAUGUUCUGGCUGCUGCACACCAGGCUCUGCAGCUCCAAAUGAGAUGGAACUAAGAAGGAGAAAGGAGAAAAGCAGAGUGAAUGAAGUGGAAAACGAAAGAGAGAGUUGCGUGAUGGCUGCAUUUUGUUUUUCUGUGUGGGUGUUUGAGGAAUGAUGGAGGGAUGAGGAGUGGUUGUGAGAUUUUCCGUUCCUGCUCCUCUGUCCAGGAUGAUUGCUUGUUAGUGCUGACCUGUUCCACCGCUGGCCACCCUCGGGGCCUACUGGCAGGUUCGCAUACAUCGCGUGGGAAAGACAGGGCGAUGGCCUGCAGUGGUCACCAUGGUGAUGACUGCCAGCAUUUGUCAGGCUGGUGAUUGCCAGUAGGUUAGUGUUGCAACUGUCUGUGUUUGUCACAGUGUACCAGAGUCAAGUUGUAAUUUUAGGGCCAGUAGUAGUUUCCAGUUGGUUUUCACUUCACAUUCUGUUCUCUUGUUAUUUUGUGGUGUUUACUUGAUUUGGUUUUUUUAGAUAAAAAAUAAAUCUCUUCUUUUUACUUGAUUAAUGGCAAAUUCUCCUUUCAUUUAAAAUUCGUCAUUGAGUUCAGAAGUUGUUAGGUCUGGCAAUUCUCUGACUAUAAAAAUAGAUUGAAAUUUGGAUGAAACAGAUAGUUUAGGGUUUCAAGUGUUGCUUAGUGCAGCUUUGGCUGACAGGAUUAAUAUGAAGUGUGACUAAAAGAAAGGUGUGAAGGAGGACAACAUUUAGAAAAGCUGCAAUGAGUAACAACUGAAUGAAACACUAAGAGGAAGGUUGGUUCUACCAUUAAGGAAGUGCAGCUUCAUGAUUAGGAAGGGUGUGACGUUGCUCUGAGCCACUUCAAGUGACCAAGACAAACUUUCUGUCUGGUGUGCACACAUACACUUGCUUCAAAUUUGUUUAACAUCUGGUCAAGGGUCUUGAGAGGGUGGGAGCCUACAAAGAAGUGUGGAGGAAGGAAUAAAAGGCCCAGAGGAUCAGAGCAGGAGAAGAAAAGUGAGAACUAAUCAUAUGAGGGGAAGGAAAGAGAAAGAGGCGAAGAGAGCAUGAAGGAAAAAGCACGAUAAGUUUUGGCCCGCUGAUGUCUCCAGCAGGAGGAAAUGCUUAGCACAUUUUCCACCUCUGUGCACAUGGGUGUUAUUUUUAGCUCUGAGAGGCUGAUCAAACGGGGUACAUAAAUUCCCAGAGCAGCCAAGUUAAGGGAAGAGACAGCACGCUUUAUCACUUUGCAGCAGGAACCCCAAACCAAUAUGGUGACCAGGCGCAACAAUGCAACACAUAGUCUGACUGGACGGGAUGUUAUUCUAUAGAAGCUAUUAACCACCCCAUGUUUUAAAGUCCCACAGCAAUCUGCUGUGAGGAAGCAGGGAGUGUUUUCACAGACCCCUGAGAGAGGGAACAGGAAAGGCUGGGCUCUGUAAUCCCUCCUUCUGCUUAGACGUUACUUAUGAACACUGAGUGGUAUAGAAGGCUCCAACAUCACAGAUACAUGCACGGAGUUGCUAAUGCAGGGUGUCCUGCUCAAGAUUUCAGCUGGGAACAUACAAGAGAGGAUUUUCUUCUUGUUUGACAAGCUUCUGGUCUAUUGCAAGAAGAAAAACAGGCGUUUGAAAAACAGCAAAACAUCUGCUGAGGGUCCUCGUUACCUGUUCAGAGGAAGAAUCAAUACUGAGGUGAUGGAGGUUGAAAAUGUGGAUGAUGGCACAGCUGACUACCACAGCAGUGGGAACAUUGUGAACAACGGCUGGAAGAUCCACAACACGGCCAAGAACAAGUGGUUUGUUUGCAUGGCCAAGACCCCAGAGGAGAAGCAGGAGUGGCUGGAAGCCAUCAUGAAAGAGAGGGAGCGGAGGAAAAGUCUGAGGCUUGGCAUGGAGCAGGACACGUGGGUGAUGGUCUCAGAGAAAGGAGAGAAGCUCUACCACCUUAUGACCAAAGGGAACUUGAUUAAGGACCGGAAACGCAAGCUCACAACCUUCCCCAAGUGCUUCCUGGGAAGUGAGUUUGUGUCCUGGCUGAUGGAAAUUGGUGAAACGGACAACCCAGAGGAAGGGGUUCAUCUGGGUCAAGCUUUACUGGAGAACGGCAUUAUCCACCAUGUCACAGACAAGCACCAGUUCAAGCCUGAGCCUGUUUUGUACCGCUUUCGCUAUGACGAUGGCACCUACCAUCCCAGAAGUGACAUGCACGAUGUAAUAUCCAAGGGUGUUCGCUUGUUCUGCCGUCUUCACAGCCUUUUCACUCCUGUCAUCAGGGAUAAGGACUAUCAUUUGCGAACCUACAAAUCAGUGGUCAUGGCUAACAAGCUGAUAGACUGGCUUAUAGCACAGGGGGACUGCAGAACGAGAGAGGAAGCACUGAUCUUGGGGGUAGAACUGUGCGACAAUGGUUUCAUGCAUCACGUGUUGGAGAAGAGUGAAUUCAAGGAUGAGCCCUUACUGUUCCGUUUCUUUGCUGAUGAAGAGAUGGAGGGAUCCAACACCAAACACAAACCCAUGAAGCACGACUUGAAAAUAGUUGAAAAUGUCAUCGCUAAGUGUCUUCUGAUAAGGCCAAAUGAUGGAGGCUAUGGCUUUACCCUGGAAGAGAGAAACAGAGUCCCCAUUAUCAAAUCUGUGGAGAAGGGCUCCCAAGCUGAGAUGGCUGGUUUGGAAGUGGGGAAGAAGUUAUUCGCCAUAAAUGGAGACCUGGUGUUCCUUAGGCCUUUCUCUGAGGUGGAGGUUCUCCUCAGACAAUGUUUUAACACCAAAGGACCCCUUAGAGUGCUUGUCAGCACCAAGCCAAGAGAGACGGUAAAGAUCCCAGACUCAGCUGACGGGCUGGGUUUCCAGAUCCGCGGAUUUGGCCCAUCUGUGGUUCAUGCUGUUGGAAGAGGGACGGUGGCAGCUACCGCCGGUCUCCACCCGGGUCAGUGUAUAAUCAAGGUGAAUGGUAUCAACGUGAGUAAGGAGAGCCACGCCAGUGUCAUUGCUCAUGUUACUGCCUGCAGGAAAUACCAGAGACCAACACAGCAAGACACCAUUAACUGGGUCUACAACAACAGUGAGAGCGCCCAAGAGGACAACCAGAAAACUAACCAAAAACCAAGUCCUGAGGAGAACGGAGAUGGUUUUAAAUGCAAAGUAGAAGAGGCAAUGGACAAGUUCAACACCAUUGCUAUUAUUGAUGGGAAGAAAGACCAUGUAAGUCUAACAGUAGACAAUGUCCACCUGGAGUAUGGAGUGGUGUAUGAGUAUGACAGCACAGCCGGCAUCAAGUGUCAUGUGCUGGAGAAGAUGGUUGAACCGAAGGGAUUCUUCAGCCUCACUGCUAAGAUUCUGGAAGCAAUGGCGCGUAAUGACGACAUACUGGUGCAGAUGUGUGGCAGGUUGAGUUCCAGCUGUGAUGUGAUCCCUGAGGAACUGCAGGUACGCUUCAGCGCCAUGUAUGGCGAGAGGAUGGAGCACAUCAACCGACGUAUCACAAGCUACAGAAAGUUUUCACGGGUACUGAAGAACAGAGCAUGGCCCACCUUUAAGCAGGCCAAGGCCAAGGUUUCCCCUCUGCACAGCAGCGACUUCUGCCCCACAAACUGCCAUGUCAACGUGAUGGAAGUGUCCUACCCCAAGACCACAUCUUCCCUGGGCAGUGCCUUCGGUGUGCAGCUGGACAGCAGGAAGAACACUCUGGAGAAAGGCGGACGCAGCAGUGCUGAGCAAGGGAAGCUGAACCCUAUGGUAAAUGUACAGCACACUAUCACCACUAUGGCUGCACCGUCUGGCCACAGCCUGGGCCGGACAGAAGGUCACGGACUUCGGUUCCUGCUUAGAGAAGAAGACCUACUCACCCUGGAUGCGUAUCAGAAACUUCUCUACAAACUUACUGCUGCUGUCAAGGAGGUGGAGACACAUGGUGGCCAUAUUGAUGAUCUUCUGUCCUCCAUCACCCAUCCUCCAGCGUCAGAGGUGAGGACCCCAGAGAGCUACAUAUCUGCUGAGAGCGAGGGGGAGAGGGGGGAGAGGAACGGGAAGAAGGUGUGUUUCAAUGUGGCAGGAGAUGAGCAGGAGGACUCUGGACAUGACACGAUCAGCAACAGAGACUCAUACAGCGACUGCAACAGCAACAGAAACUCCAUCGCCUCCUUCACCAGCAUCUGCAGCAGCCACUGCAGCUCCUACGUUCACAGCGACGAGAUGGACUCAGGAGAUGAGAUGCCCUCCAGUGUGUGGCUGUCCCAUGAUAAACAGAAGAAACUUCACAGCUUUCUGGAGCAUCUGUUCAGCCAGGUGGACUCAAUCACCAGCAUGCUGAGAGGGGUGGUGGUGGCUCGGGCGUUUGAGCAGACCAAAUGCUUCACACCUGGAAGAGGACUGCAAGAGUUUCAGCAGGAGAUGGAACCCAGAGUGAACUGCACCAAAAAGUUGCGUCUCCACGUCAAGCAGGACCCCUGGAACCUUCCCAGUAGCGUUCAGGCUCUCACACAAACUAUUUCUAAAUAUGUGGAAGAGGUGAAGACACGACUCCUCUUGGUCUUACUGCAGUACACAGAUUCAGAGAUCCAAUUACGUCGAGACAUGGUGUUCUGUCAGUCUCUAGUUGCAGCUGUGUGUGCCUUCUCAGAGCACUUGCUGGCUGUCCUUAACCAGUUCCAUAACUUAGGAAAAGAGCUGGACCAGGACUUUCCAGACCCUCAGGAGCUUCAAGAAGCCCAGGAAGCCAGCCGUCGUUGGCUGGAGCAGGUUGCCAGUGCUGGCUUGCUGUUCCACUUCCAAUCCCUCCUUUCCCCCAAUCUGACUGAUGAACAGGCCAUGCUGGAGGACACUCAGGUUGCCCUGAUCGAUCUGGAGAAGGUUACUUUCUACUUUCAGCAGUUUGAAGGAGAGCCACUGGUUGCCAACAUGCCCAUUUCAUACAAGGUGGAGGGCACCCGUCAGGCUUUGAAAGUCUGCUUCUACCUUGAGAGCUUUUACUUCUCACAGCUCCCUUACAGGCUGAAAAACGGAGGAGGCGUCAAAAUCUACCCAGUGCUCUUCACACAAGCGCUAGAGAGUAUGGAGGGAUACUACUACAGAGACAAUGUGUCAGUGGAGGAAUACCAGGCUCAAAUUAAUGCUGCCUCGUUGGACAAGGUCAAACAGUACUACAAGAGACUGAGGGCUUUUUUCCUUGAUCAGUCCAACAUGACACCCAGUGCUGCACCCAAAGCCGCUCUCAUAGAUAAGUUAAUGCGCCCCCUCAGUGCUCUGGAUGAGCUCUACCGCCUGAUGGAAAGUUUUAUCAGCUGUCGCCGCACCGCUGCCUGUCAGUACACCGCCUGCGGGGCUUCUGGAGUCGGGCUGCUUACUGUGGCCUCUGAGCUUUGCUCACGUCUGGGAGCCACACACAUUGUUAUGUGCAACAGCGGUGUUCAUCGCUGCACUCUGAGUGUGACACUGGAGCAGGCCAUCCUGUUGGCUCGAAACCACGGACUUCCCCCUCGCUGCAUCAUGCAGGCCACUGAUGUCAUGAGGAAACAGGGGGCGAGGGUUCAGAAUUCUGCCAAGAAUCUGGGAGUGAGGGAUCGAACACCAUCUUCGGUCCCAAGGUUGUACAAGCUGUGCCAACCUCCACCCCCAGAUGGUGAUCCAUAAUGCAUUGCAUCCAGGAAGAUACUGAAGAAGUCUUGAGAAGCUUUGAGGCCCGCCAUCAAAGUUUUUCCUCCACCGAUAUGUUAACCUAAUUAAAAACAGUACGUUUUAUAUGUCAUGACUAGCUGCCUAAAGUGUAAAUACAAAUUUCAAGCCGUAAAUAGUAUUUUAAUACUUUAUAUUUUUCACUGUUGAACUUUAUACAUAUAUUUUUUAUGCUAUAAUGUAUUACUCUAGACAAUGAAGAGAAAGCAAAUGAUUACCCCAGUAGAAGGGAGUUGCAUUAGUUCAGUGAAAUCAAAUGAAUCCUAUCAGCACACUGUUUUCAUAUAAUGAACUGAGAAUUGGGUUUCUGUUUUGUAUGAUGGACAUUUGCAUUUAUGUAUUAGUUUAAUUUGCAUAUGAAGUAAGCAAAGAUAAUGAUGAUUAAAAGGAUACUGGAUGUAAUUUGGCAUCAUACAAAUUAGCCUUUUGUCUCAUUCUGUUCAUAAUUGUCUUGCUGUAUCAGUCUUGUCAGUAUUGCUUUAAACAUUUGAACGUGUGUUUCUCUGUGUGAUGCUGUAAAUAUGCCUGUUUAGCAAAACAGCUCAUCAUCAGUCAUUCUGUUGUUUCUCACUGCCUUUGGAUUUACAAGAGGGCUGCGUGCAUGUUAGGAUUCUCAAUUGUUUAUCAGUAUUAUGUAGUUUUCAGGAGGUAGACCCACAGGCAUUAUUCAGUUUUUCGUAUGGACAGAGCUGAGGAUUAAAGCAUCUUUUUCUUACUCAUGAUUGGUCAUUGUUAUUGUAGAGUGAAUGAUUAGCUCAUGACUAUGCAAAUAAAAAGAGGUUAUGAAAUGCAUCACUAAGUUUCAGUGGUGUUACAUUUACACAUUAUUUCCCAUUAUAUUUUCUUUGAAGCAUUUAAAUGCUGACAUGUAUACAGUUUGUAUAAACAUAUUAAAGCAGAUAACGGUG